GAAUAAAUAAAGCCGUAAUUGAGGUUGUUAGAUCCUGGCAAUAAAAGUGAAACUUUUUGAACACUUUGUCCUCUUCUUCUCCAACAGUCCAUGAAGGAUGAUGACAUCUGUUUCAGUGCUGCUUUAUGAUACUCUGGAUGACCUGGAAAAAGUCAGUCUGAAGAGAUUUAGCAGUCUCUUAAAACAAGAUGGGUCUGUUCAAGCUGGUAAACUGGAGGAUGCUGAUGUCACUGACAUAGUGAAUAUAAUGAUGGAACAUUUUGGACCAGAAGAAGCUGUGAAGAUCACACUGAACAUCCUGAGGAAGAUGAGCCAGAACCAUCUAGCUUUAACUUUGCAGGACAAGUACACAGAAGCUUGUAAAAAAUAACCUCUAGUGUUACCUUGAGAAGUUUCGGGUUUUCGGAGGAAAAUUUUUGGCAGCCAAAAAUGAAUUCCGAAAGAUGAAUUGCAUUAAAGACAAAGAGAUCAGUCUGCAUGAGUUUCUACAGAAAUUCAAUCCUGAAAUGAAGGACCUACAAACAACACAGAUAUAUAAGAAAUGUACACUUGCCUUUAUCUUUGAUGGACUGGAUGAGAGUCGACUGACUUUAGAUUUUGAUAGCGGAAUGGUGACAAGUGUUGAGGAGCGAUCAUCUGUAGAUAAGCUGUUUACAAGUCUGGUGAAUGGGACUCUGCUUCCAUCAGCCCUCGUCUGGGUGACCUCACGACCAGCAGCAGCCAAUCAGAUCCCUCCUGAGUAUGUAGGAUUGUUCACAGAGGUGCGAGGAUUCACUGACCAGCAGAAGGAGGAGUACUUCAAAAAGAGAAUUAAAGAUGAGGCUCAGGCCUCUCACUCAUUAGGAAAUCUCGUAGUCUCUUCAUUAUGUGCUACAUUCCUGUCUUCUGUUGGAUCACAGCCACUGUUCUUCAGAAAGUCCUUAUGGAGAACAAUGCAGAGAGCACCACAACACUCACUGAAAUGUACAUUCACUUUCUGCUGAUACAUAUGAAGAUGAAGAGUGAGAAGCAUGACAGAAAAACAGAAAGAGUCCGUACUAAGCUCUUAGAUUCCAAUAAAACCAUGAUUUUGAAGUUAGCCAAGCUAGCGUUUGAAGAACUAAAGAAGGAAAACAUUGUGUUCUAUGAGGAAGAUCUGAAAGCAUGUGGUAUUGAUGUGAGUGAAGACUUUGAGUCCCUAGGAAUGCUGACUGAGAUCUUUCAGCAAGAAGCUGUACUUCACGUCUGAAAAACAGUCUGAAAAAUACAGAACCCCUGAAAAUAUUCCAUUGCAUAAUUUACUUAACAAGGCUGUUGAGAAAGCAAUGCAGAGUAAG